AAAAUUGUUUUCACUGUAUCCCCACAGAAAGUCGACAGACUCUGGAGACGACUCGACAUCUUGGAAAGGCCCGACCGAAAGCUAAGGCAUCCCAUCAGACUCCCAAAAGGGUCCACCAGACUCCUGAGACGGCUGAACUUAUUGCACACGAUGUCCAGCAGACUCAUGAGAUGCCAGAGACGAUGAAACAAAUUGCUGAGGUGACUCGAGAGUUCCCACCAACUGUGCAACAGAUUGCAGCUGAGGAGGGCCAACAAUUCCCCAAUGACAUAGAUCAAAUACUAUUUGAUAGAAAUGAUGUUCGGAUCAGCAACACCAAAGCAAUUGUUGAGGAACUGCUUGACAUUGCUCAAGACAUGCAGAUGCAAGGGAUUUCUGAGACAAACCAUCAAACUCCCGAAAGGGUCCACCAGACUCCUGAGACGGCUGAACUUAUUGCACACGAUGUCCAGCAGAUUCAUGAGAUGCCAGAGACGAUAAAACAAAUUGCUGAGGUGACUCGAGAGUUCCCACCAACUGUGCAACAGAUUGCAGCUGAGGAGGGCCAACAAUUCCCCAAUGACAUAGGUAAUUUAGGGACAGUUAUUUUCCGUUUCAAAAAAUUGCCUUUUCCGUUUCAGAAAAUCUUAAAUUCCGUUUUGGCAUGUCAGAAAAUGGAAAUUCCGUUUCCCUAUAGACUUUGUACACAUGGAAAAGUGACAAUUCUGUUUACCCAUCCAGCAGAAAUAACACAAGUUAAUGCUCGCGCUGGUCAAAAUUUGGAUCUGUCACUGUACCAACAACGUAGAAGAAUGCGCUCUAAUCGGAUCUAUGCGGGCACAAAAAAUAUUUUGACACAUAUAACUAACAUGAAUACAUCCUUACCUUUCACAUUUCUAGCAUUAUUUCACUCUUGAAUGAACUUUUAUAGAUAAUAUUUGGGGGUUUUGGACAUCGUUUUGAGCAGUCAAUGAUUUCAUUCUAUCCGCCAUUUUGGAUUUGAAGAUCGUGCUGUACAUUUUCAAAUGUAGAGGGCAGCAAAACACGACCUCCAUGUGAAUGUUUUUGAUACGGCCGAUCGACCGUACCAUGCCAGAGCGGCCGUGAAAGACCGGGGCGAGGGGUAAGAUCGAAUGUGAAGGAGUGAAGAGCAGUCACGAUGCGUUGAUUUUGUUGUGAUUGUGGUGAAGUGAGAUCGUGUUUUGUGAGGUUUUGUGGCCAUUUAAUAUUCGUAUUUUGUUGAGAUUUUGGAGUACUUUAUGUUGCUGUUCUAUCUAUUUUGAGGAAAAAUAUGUUUUCCGUGAUUUUCCGUUUGAAAUGCCACUUUCCGUUUCAAAAGGCCAUUUCCGUG